AUUGAAGGAUGGAACUUGUGACCAAUCAGAAUUGAAGGAUGGAACUGGUGACCAAUCAGAAUUGAGGAUCAACGUCACGUGUGAAAAUACAUUCGAGCCAACUCUAGAAUGUUUAUAACAGUCCGAUCUGGAGCGAGCGAAGAACGGUUGUUUAACUUAAAUUGUCAGUUGGACGCCCUCCUCAGAGACAUAACGAAUAGAUGCCCAUUUCAAGUGGAACAAGAUGAUUACACUUUAGACUUGAUGGAUGAGGAAGGUAGAGCCCUCUCGAUAUACUCCAGAAAAGGAAGUGUUAUGGGUUCAGAGUGUCUUACGGAAAGAGGUUGUUAUCUUUUGGUUCUCGUAAAGACUGAUCCUAAGGGCAGGAAAUAUUACGAACCACUUAUACAGAAUUUAGAAAAGCUGUAUCCUGAUCUAAAAGACGUGUUUGGUAUUGAAGCUCUGGACGGAUCCAGAAAACAAGCCGCCAAAACCCGGGGAAAGAAGGGACGAUUAGACAGAGGGUUAAGUGAUAACGGAAAUUCAGGCGAUAACCCACCAAUAGGAGCAGCUGUUAAAGCUUAUCUGGACUAAGAAUGAGAGCUAAAAUCAGGGCUCUGGCUAAAAAGAAGGCCUCUGGCUAAAAAAAAGUGAGAGUGUGUGAGGGAUAUUGUGAUUCUACAAUUGUACUUACCCAUGCAUCAGCGAGCAGUAAAGGAAGAAGAGUUUACUCGAUACAAAGUGGAGAGCAGAACAAGUCUUGUUAAGUACUGUGACAGUGUGACAGACAGUUGCCAGACGAACCUGAGGUGGAGACUUUUAGUUCUGUUAGCUGCGGGUGGUAAAUUACACUGUGAAUGAUACAGUUGUUAUGUAACAGGGUUAAUGUCUGAAUUUACCGUUUGGAAAUGAGAUGUGUGUAGUUAGCAGAGAAUUGUGUGCUAGGGUACUUUAGGAUUGCCAUAGUAAUCAAUAACGGAUUAUCAGAAAUGUGCUAGGAUAUUUGAGAUUUAUCAUAGAAAUCAGUAGCA